UGGUUCGUGUUUCUGGUUAUUAAACAUCUCACCAUUGGCGCGGCAAAAGGGCAAAGCCAGCAAAAGCGCCAUGGCUCAUCUCGCUCGAACCUCGGCUCAUCGGAUUCCUUUCCAGCUCGGCUCGGCUCAGCGAGCCAUAGCUCUUCACACCACAGUACCUUCUCUCUCCUCCACCGGAACCAGCAGCGCUCCCACCACUUAUGCACGAGCUCCACCGCCUUCGGCCUCGUCGCCGGCCGGGGUGUCUAAGGCUGCGGAGUUCGUGAUCUCGAAGGUCGACGAUCUGAUGAACUGGGCUCGGCGUGGCUCCAUCUGGCCCAUGACGUUCGGGCUCGCUUGUUGCGCCGUUGAGAUGAUGCAUACUGGUGCUGCUCGUUACGAUUUGGAUAGAUUUGGUAUUAUCUUCAGACCUAGCCCUAGGCAGUCCGAUUGUAUGAUCGUUGCUGGUACUCUCACCAAUAAGAUGGCCCCCGCUCUUCGCAAGGUCUACGACCAAAUGCCUGAGCCUAGGUGGGUUAUCUCCAUGGGAAGUUGUGCAAACGGUGGUGGAUACUACCACUACUCGUAUGCUGUUGUUCGGGGUUGCGAUAGGAUCGUCCCUGUUGACAUUUAUGUUCCAGGUUGCCCUCCCACUGCUGAAGCUCUACUUUAUGGACUCCUUCAGUUACAGAAGAAGAUCGGUAGGCGCAAAGAUUUCCUCCACUGGUGGACCAGAUAAGAAUAUCGCCUCGCCUCCUAGUUAUACUGGAUAUCUCUGCUCGUGUUUCUAUGGUAAUAAUAAAAUCAGUAAGGGAUGCUUUGCCCUUGGAUAAGAACUGUGAAAAGCAAUAUCUGUUCUCAUUUCAUGAGAUUAAAUAGCACAUGACAAGACGAGCUGUUAUGAUUUUACCCGUACUUCUCGCUUUUCUCCCGAGCUUUUGCAGUACCUGCAGAUUAUGUAAACAUUAUAUUCUUUGGUUUUUUUAUUUUCUGUUCUUGAAUGAGUUGCAUGGACUUCUUGUCA